UAUUUAGUGCUCGGCACGGCCAGCGGCGCUCCGCCACCGGCGGGGCUGCACGGCACGGCACGGCUCGGCUCGGGACGGGACGGGACGGGACGGGACGGGACGGGACGGGACGGGAGCGGGCUGCCAGCGGGCUGCCAGCGCCCUCGAGCGGCACCGGGUCCGAGGAGGGACGGCCCAGCCCUUGGGCAGAACCGAGCUCUUCCUCCGGGCGCCGGGCAGGGCUGCUGCCAGCUCCGCGCCGGCGGGGCGGGACGGGGCGCACACCCCUCGCCCUGCCCAGCCGAGGAACGCGGACAUCGGCCCCAGGAGCUGGCAGAAGAGCGGCAGCAGCGGGAGCGGCCGCGGCCGGGUCUGCUUGCUAUCCUUAGAACAUCUCUGUCCAAGUUAGAGGAAUAAGGAUAAAUCUGGCGUCACAGACCAGACCACAGGAGAUGCUUCAGGCCUCUCUGAUCUUCUGACACUAGUCAUCACUGAAGAACUGUACACAACAGAACGCAAAGGUUGUACAGAAUACAGAAUCCCAGAGCAGAGCUCUUGAGCUCAUCCUCCACAGUAUAAAUUCAAAAAGUUAGAAGCUGGGAAGUAGAAGAUAUCAAAGGCAUAGAGAAUUUCUAGAUAACAGAAGAGUGUAUCUACUCAGCUUCAAAAAGUUCUGGAAAUAAAAGUCACAAAGCAACCCAACAAGUUUUCAUCCAGGAGUGUAAACCAAGAUUGAAUUUCCAAGGCCUGGGCACCUUCUCUGAUUUAAUUCUCCUUACUUGCGCAAGAGAUGACAAAAAACGCAACAGAGAACUUGACUAACACUCACUCAGCUCUCCUAGGUCUGCUUCUGGGUAGCAUUUCACUGAUCACUGUUGUCAUGAAUAUAUUAGUAUUAUGUGCUGUGAAAACUGAAAAGAAGCUGCAAACAGUUGGCAAUUUAUACAUUGUCAGCCUCUCUAUUGCAGAUCUGAUAGUUGGUGCAGCUGUUAUGCCCCUUAAUAUUGUUUAUCUCCUAAGCAGCAGUGUGUGGACCCUGGGUGUAACAGCCUGUUUGUUCUGGCUGUCAAUGGAUUAUGUGGCCAGUACUGCAUCUAUUUUCAAUCUCUUCAUAUUAUGCAUAGACCGGUAUCGUUCAGUCCAGCAACCACUGAAAUAUCUCAAGUAUAGAACAAAAAUGAGAGCCUUACUAAUGAUUUUGGGGGCUUGGUUGUUGUCUUUCUUGUGGGUCAUCCCAAUACUAGGGUGGCACGUUUUUGCUGGUGAUGGGAAAAGGAGAGUAACAAAAAAGUGUGAAACUGAAUUCUCUGAAGUCACCUGGUUCAAAGUGUUCACAGCCUUGGUCAAUUUCUACCUACCCUCUAUCUUGAUGUUAUGUUUCUACUGCAAAAUAUUCAGAGCUGUUCGAAAGCACUGCCAACACCGAGAGCUCAUCAAUAGAUCAUACUUGUCUUUCUCUGAAAGCAAAAGCGUACAUCCUAGUAAGACAAAGGACAAGCAAAAUAUUUGCCUCCAAAAGCAAAACUUAGAUGAGAAAGAUGAGAACACACCUUCCAAAGACAAGCAAAGGUCCCCUCAGCCCAAAAAUACAGAAGCAAAGCUUCAUUUCAGUGAUCCUGACAGCUCUUCAAAAGUUUUCAUUAGCAGGAGUAAUAGCAGAGUCCUUAAAUGGAGCUGUUUCCCUCUCACCACUGCCCAGUCUGAGCCAGGCCUGGAUAAAACAGGAGAGAAGAGUGUAACAAAGGACAACAAAAAUGAAGAGGACCUUUGCUCACAGGACAGUGACUUAAGUGAUGCAUCAGACACCCAAACGUUCACAGAGGAGGUACCUUGUGGAGAGGAGUCCAGUCCUAACCCUGAAAGAGCCUGCAGUCCUCAGGAAAAGACAGAGAACAGGGACUUCAAAGGACUUACUUACCUGAGGAAAACCUGGCAAAGACUACAUACUCGUUCCAAAAACCAUCUUCAAAGACUGCAUGUGAACAGGGAGCGGAAAGCAGCUAAGCAGUUAGGGGUCAUAAUGGCAGCCUUUAUGCUGUGCUGGAUUCCCUAUUUUGUAUUGUACAUGGUAAUAGCUUUCCACAGCCAUGAACAAUAUUCCAAGUUACACAUGGUCACUAUAUGGCUUGGCUAUGUGAAUUCCACCUUAAACCCGUUCCUGUAUCCUCUUUGUAACCAUAAUUUCAAAAAGACAUUCAAAAAGAUCCUUCACAUUCCCUGAUAAUGGUCUGAUUUAUUUUGAGCUAAAAAGCAUCUCAUAAAUUCAAUCAAACAAAACAUUCCAGUUUCAAAGGCUGGAUAAAAGUGAGGCAUGGAUAAAGUAGAAGGCUUUGGAAAACUGUAAUUUAUAAACAAGUCUUUGUAUAAGUGGGAAAUGUGCAUAUAACACCUUUAACGCGUUUGAAGAAGAACUAAUUCCAAUCAGGAAUCUGAAAAACUCAGGGGUCAAUCUCAGAACUGUUACGCUAUUGUACAUAUUUUACAAUUUGAGAUUCUCUCUUUCAUCGUGUAGAACAAAACUGGAGAUAUGAAAAGAGAUCUUCAGUGAUUAUAAAUUAUUCUGCUAAGGAAAAGACAGAAAUGGAAUAUGGUUUCUGUGAUUAGUCAAGUAUUUUUUUUUUCCUCAUUUAGCUUACUGUUUUAAGCAUGGGAGCACACUGCUUGAGAAGAGAGAUCUUCUGCAGGACGAGGUACUUUGCAUAGCCAAAAAAGAACCUUCUACUGUUUGAAAAAUCUGACCUAUUUAUUUAUAUCUUCCUUCAAAGCAUACACUUUUUGGAAAGUAAUAUUGUAACAUACCGUUUCUCUUUAAUAUCACACUUGCUUCAUUUAUACCAGUUCCUGUCAACUUCACUAAAGAGUAGUAUUUUUAUGUCCUAGACAUUUUGCUAAGACUUUCCAAACUCAUCAUAGUAUCCCUAUUCGAUAAGGAUAGGCUGUUGCCUCUGAACUUACAGAAUGCAGUUAAUUCUGGACUAUGUGCAUUUUCUUCUUCCUAUGCCUUGGCAAAUAGCCUAAGCUUGCAGUGGCAAUACCAGUUCAUGUAUAUCUUUAUCUUACAAGAGGCAAACUCUUCUGACUAUAAUGAGGCAGAGUCAUGAGCAACAACUCAAGCUUGCAAAACAGGAAAUAAAAUACAUGAAGUAUUUUUAACCCUUUCUAUUUAAUUGCAUAUUAUCAGUCAUGCUGUAAAUGCUGUUAAAUAUUUCAGGAGAAGCAUAGAACGAUACUUAAUACUUCAGGUUGGAAGGAGUCUCAGGAAGACAUCUAAAUACAACCUAAAACUCAAAGCUGUGCUAACAUUGACGUUACAUCAGGUUGCUCAGGGUCUCAUCCAGAACUUCAGCGGCACGCAUCUGUGAAAAGAGCUUCUUUGGAAAGAUUGGAAGGCGGCUUUGACAGAGGCGUUUGCAGAGACAUUUCACUCUACCAGCUCCAGCCUUCCCCUUGCUCAGCCAUUGAUUUAACUGUUUCUAAGUAUGAACACUAACUCUCAAAAGCAGGUGUGCCCUUUUAUAUAGCAGCAAUCAAUCCCCUCUCCCUACGUGCAGUGAGGUAUAGGGUACUUCCCCAUCACGGGAGGAAAAUAUAGUUCCUUAGCAAAGUGUGUAGUGAAAUGAGUUACAUGAGCUAACUCGUCGGGAAGCUGACGAUUGAACAGAAUAGUUACACCAAAAUAAAUGAGUCUACGGACUGGGGAGAGGGAAGGAGAAUUGAGGCCAAGGAGAUGCCUGGCCCUGUAUUAAUCGGGUAUGUCAAGAGCGCAUACUACCAGGUUUGUGGCACUCCAGUAACGCAUUCGUUCUUAUUCUUCUGGGAUGGAAUUGAGAGAAACACUUUGGGCAAACAGUGUCUGACCUUUGGGGCAAAAUUGCUAUGGGAGUACCUUUACACUGUUAGUUUUAAGAAGAAAUCCCAGAACCAGAAACUCCAACAGCUGAAGUCAUAUUUGCAUAUAAUGGUGAGUUUAUGUAUGCAUUUUUCCAUAAGUUUUGGGAUUACUGGGGCAUCCUAAGGGUUCAAUGUACAAAGAAUAUCCUCUCGCUGCCAUUUUGCUGUGUUGAUAAAUCUAUCACAUCCUGAAUAUUAGCUUGCUUCAGAAAUUGCUCAGUUACCUUCACAACAAAGGUCUGAUGGAACUGGAGCUGUUUUAACUGAGCACUGACCAGAGUUUGGUGGGAAAAACUAAAGGGAUGUUCUGUGUAAUAUGUUCAUUACUUCAGAAAAAAAUAAUAAUGGUUGUUUAAUGGUUGUAGGAAAAAUUCCGAAUUCUGUGUUCAUAAUUAUGGAUCUUGAGCUACUUAAGAGUCUCUCUGUGCCACAUGUGCCUAUUUUUUAAAGUGAAUAUGACAAGACUUACAGUAACAAUGCAACAGUUGAGGUGACUGCAUGAUGCUUAUAAACUUUGGAUAUAAUACACUAACUAAAUGCAAAGUAUUAUUGUCCUCUGACAGUUUUAUAUGUUUGAAUUACAUGUCUGAAUGUCAAUAGUUGUAUUUAAAGUAUUCAGUAUUAAACGAAGCCCUAAUAUCUCUGCAGUUUAAUAAAUUGGUAGUUUGAUACUUGGAAAAAUCUGCUAAAUGAAUGAACUUUAACUCAGUCUAUUUUGAUGUAUCAAACAAGGUUCAGAGAUUAAUUCUUUUUGGUCUCAAGUAUUAUGCAAGAAUAGCUGCAAUUAGGUAACUCUAAACUAGAAAAAAAUAUGGCAAAAUAUAGAGGCAGAAUAAUAAAUAUAAGUACCAAAAUUCAUUAUAGAAUUAAGGCAACUGUUUCACUGCAGGAACAGGAUCUGCACAAGUAAUGAAACACAUCUUCUGUUGGGUUAUAGAGAAGCACCUUUUGAAACAUGUCCCUAUUCAAGGUCUUUUCACAAACUUUUGCUGAGAUCAACAUCCAUUCUUUUUUUCUAUUGUCAUAUGCAACAGCAAUUCUAGCUGAAAUAGAAGGUAAUUUAGGUGAGCCCCAAGGAAAUCAAAAAAGCAGCAUCCUAAUUCAGCCUAAUUAUUAGUUAACACUGCUGAAACAUGCUCACCUGAGGGCUACUUCGGUUAGCAAGAAGGCCAUCCUCUUGAUCAUGACAAUUGACUUUUCUUACUUUAAAAUGCAUUAAUACAUGAAACAGCAGCUAAAACAAAAUCAGUGAAAGCUGGUCUAAAAAUGAUAACCAUUAAAUCCAAGAAUACCUCUGGUACAUUUAAAAAACAUUUAAACACAGAAUAGCUAAAAUUAGGCAAAUACAGCUGCCUGGAUGCUUUUGUAUCCUUUCGUUUUGAUCCAUAAUCUUAGUGUCACUGUGGCAAUGACAAAAACAGGGGGCAUUGUCAUAGUAGGCUUCUCAGAUGUGAUACGUGCAACUGGUAAUAAUAAAACGGGAAAAUGGAAGGCUGCCUGUUUUAAACUUUCAGGUAGCCAGGUAUGUAACAGGAUUUACCAGCUUGUUUUACUAAAAAAGCAAUCCAAAUGGCUGUAGACGCAAGAGAAGCAGAAGAAGGCAAGUUAGGGCAAGGAACGGAGAAGCCUACUACCAUGUGGGGCCAAGCCUCAAUAGAAUAUUCCAGGUGUGGUUUCCUAUAAAUAUUUUCAAUGCUUUCCAGUUAAUAAACAAGGUCAGAGGAGUCAUAGCUUUAACAGAACAUAACAAAUUUAUUGGAAUUUCUUGGACUGGACUUCUACUUUGUUUAAGGUGUGGUAAGAACAAUCAACUUUUGAGACAGGAAAAAUGUACCGCCCCAGUUUUUUCUGUUUCAAUUGUGACAUCUAGCGGGCAACGAGAAGAAUUCUGGGCUUCUUGUGCCAAUCCAAGUGCCGUGUAUAUUACGUAAGUUUAUUAAGGGAGGGACGCAGUUGUGAAGUGGAUCCUGCCAUCUAGUACGUUUCAUUUUCCAUAUUAUUUUCAGGAAAUGUGGAACUCAAUAAAGGAAAUGUUAGUGUUGGUGCACACUUUGGCUUAAUUCCAUAACUAACAGGAUAUCCAUUACAUUCUCUGUCAAACCACUUGGUGAUGAUGCUCUUUGUGCUAGUGCAGUAAAUGAAAAUGACUGAAUGAUUUGCUCUAAAAAUAUAUUUCUAAUCCUAAAGGACUAAUACAGAAACACCACAGACACCUCUGGGUAGAGCAGGUCCUGAAUUCUGCAGAUUGCUAUAUUUUUCCACCACUACCAGAGAUGCUAGAAGACUGGCCUCCUAACUAAAGAUGAGGUGUAACAAUACACAUGAAAGUUUCUGUCCAUGCAUUCCUUGCACCAGAAUAAGAAUCAGCCCAUUCGGAACUGCCACUUAAGUUUAAACACUAUGCACAUUUACUUUUGUUUAUUCAUUACAUACAAUGACAAAAUCAUUAAUUUUCAUCAAAUUAUUUGUCUACUGAAGGAUUAGAAGGGAAAAAAACAAUUACACCAUGUGAGAAAUAGCUCAUGAAAAUAGUUUACAAUCUUUAUCCCAAAUUCCAAAUUGUCUUAAUAUAUAUGCAUCUGACACCAGAAUAAACCUUUUCUACCCAGUUAUCUGACAGUCAAAAACAUAAAUAUAAAAAAGCAAACGUGUGAGGUACACGUUACACAUGCUCAGACACAUGACCUUAUGUACCAAUCUACUCCAGAAUUGCCAUUUGAGAUGUCCAGCAGUCAAGAAGUAUUAGAGUUCCCAGCAUGUAUGCUUAUAUAUGGUAAUGAUUAUAAUCAUAUGGGCACCUGCUAAGUCUAACAAUAUUUUUAUUUUCAGAAUUUGUUGUAUUCCUUCCAUUGCGUUUUGUUUACUGAGGUAUUUUGUUUAAACUCUGUUGUGUUUCAAUUGAAACAUGCGUUAGAAGGAAUACACAGCACCCAUUACACCCAUACGUUGACACCGUAUAAUUAUAAUGAAUGUUUACCGUAUAACUAAAUCUAAUAAAAUCAAAUGUAUUUGUUUUGAUCAGGCAUAACGCUGUCUUCAAAAACAGCACAGUCAGACCUGGGAACAGAGCUCAGGUCUCCUACCUGGCAGUCUAAUUUCCUCUUCCCUAGGCGUGGAUAACCCCUCAGCUCAGUGGUCUGAGGAGUAACAAAUGUUGCUCUGUCUCACAGCAGAGUGCUCACAGCAGAGUGCUCAGCCUGUGCCAGAGGAAUUCCUGAUGGUGCUCACAGGUAUCUACCAACAUGGCAAAUGCAAGACAAUAGCUUUUUCAGCAUAUUGCUACCACUACUAUUUCUCGUAUUCUUUGCUAAAGCAGAUUUUUCUUUAAGUAUGACACCCUGCAGCAGUGAAAGGUGUACAGCAUAGGACUAGAUGACUUUUGACAGUAUUUUUUUUUGUCAAUAAAUUGAGGAAAUAAUGUUA